GCUGCAGCCUGUGAGCGGCACAAAAACUGUCUCAUCCAGGAAAAAGCAGACAGAUGAAACCCGAUUCAACAGACAGUCAUCCUUAUACUAUCUCUGUGACAAUGAGGUUUACCAGAUCUAUUAUAUGAACGCGUUUAGAUCAUCCACGUUGUUUUCUCAGUAAGGAUAUACUCGGUAUGUCAAAUCUUUGUGAUUCAUCGUUUAUCGCAUCCUGACACUCGCUUUCAUGUGCAAGAGCCGAGGCCUGGAAAUACAGUUAAAUUGCUCAGUACGCGCAUGUUUUCUUGCUUUGUAUGAAUUAAUAUCUCUUACGAUCUGGUUUUCAGGUCAUCAGCCUGGUGCUUUGGGUGAUUGUGAACUGAUUUGCACCCCGACGUAAGUAACGAGUUAUCAAUAUGCUUGACCGAGUCUCUCUAUUAGGCUAUUGUAGUGAUAAAGAUAUAGGGGAGAGUGGGGUAAGAUGAGCCAAAGGGUAAGUUGAGCCACCCUCUGUUGCUUGGAAACAGUAAAAGAAAUUGAUCAUGUGACCAAAUAUUUAGGAGAUGGGCAUCAAUUCAUGAAGUCUGUGAAGGUUAGAAGCACAUGGGUGAAGGGGUUAGACAUUUAUUUACUAAAGUAAAUAAAAAAAAACAUUUUUCACUCUUGAAAGUGAAUUUAGUCUGUCAUAAGCUUUAUUAGAAUUGUGUUUAGACCAAAAAAGAUCAUUUUAAAUUUGUUUUAUGCAUCAGUUGUGAUAUCUAUGAGCUACAACAUGAGGUCAAAAACCUAGCAUAAAAGUCCACCAUUUUAGCUCAGAGGACUAAUAAAGUCAUAAUAGUAGUUCUUGGGUAAGUUGAGUCAGUGGUUCAACUAAGAAGGAAAAGGAGUCUGAUGAGAGGAUCAGAGUUUCAGUUCAGAUUGUUGAAAUGUGUUACUUUUUCUUUUCAAAAAUACAGCUGUGGAUGUUCUCAAUCACUUAAAGUCAUCCUCAUGUUAAAAUGACUAUACAAAACAGCUUUUUAGCAGUUAUAUGCAAUAAUAAUAAAAAAGAAUUGUUGUACCAGUUGAAUAUGUUAUAAUAGAUAAAAUACCCAUGAAUGUGAAGAAGUGACUGUUAUUUAGGGAGAGAGAAGGUGAGGAAGGGCUGGGGUGGAGAGUGCGGGGGUAGUAGGGAUACGGCUCAACUUACCUCACUCCUAUGGUCAACCUACCCUGUGUAUGGGGUAAGCUGACCAUAGGAGACCACUUUUUUUUGGCAUGCUAUAUUAUCAAGACAGUUAUGUUUACAGUCAUUCUGUUGGUUUGCAACAUCUUGAAAUAUAUGCAGAUACACUAGUUAGAGACAAAACUAUGAUUGACUUGAUGUAGUGAUCCGAAAUAUGAAAAAUGUCUCAUCUUACCCCACUCUCCCCUACCAGGCAUCUUUCCCAGCUUUAUUCCUGCUCAACUUUCAUCUAUUUCAGGGUACCCCAUGAUGUGUCCUAGGAUGAAAACCCCACCCCCCAGUCUUUGCUAGCAGGAAGCACCAUGUUGGAUAAAACCGGUGAUAACACACAGCAGACUGUGCAGUGCUCAGACUGUGGGAGUAAUUUCAGCCCACCACAGCCUGGCUCUGACCCCGAGUCUACAAGUGCUGCUGCCUCUCCUGAGCAGCAGCAAACCAACACCACAGAGAACCCUUUAAAAUGUCCAUCCUGUCAGACUGAAAGCAGCCUACCCAAUGGUAGACGCCCACACAGACGCAUCCGCCUGGACCCUCACAGCUGCAGCCUGUGCUCCAAAACCUUCAUUUCCUCCGCUCACCUGACCCUCCACCUCACCACUCACAAUAAAGAGAGGAAAUUUAGAUGCAGCACAUGUGGCAAGUACUUCCACCAGUCCUCUCACUUGAUGGCACACAAGUUAAUUCACAGCGGGGAUAGGCCAUUUAAAUGCCCUGAGUGUGGCAAGACCUUUGGCCGUGCCUCACAUCUAAAGACACACCGCCGGCUCCACACAGGUGAAAAACCCUUCAAGUGCACCUACUGUGAAAAAUCGUUCACGCAGAAGGCCGGACUCCUUGCACAUGUGCGUUUGCACACAGGGGAACGACCCUUCAAGUGUGAGCAGUGUGGCGAAGGUUUCCGCUCUCUGCCUGCUUUGCUUUCUCACAAGGCUCAAGAGUUGCCUGGACACGCCAAACCAUCACCAGCUUCAGCUUCAGCUCCAGCUCCAGCCCCAGGUCCAGCACCAGCACCUGUGGUCAGCCAGCCUCAGAAGACCCAAACCAGCUCAGAGGAUCUGAAAUGUGGAGUUUGUUGCCGCACCUUUGUACGGUCAUCAUACAUCAGGCUGCAUAUUCGCCUAAACAAAGGACAGAGGCCCUAUCAUUGCAAAGUGUGCAACAAAACCUUUGUCAAGCUGGAUACGUUUGUGAACCACUGUGAUAAACACUUACGUCAGAAAAGGGAUAAAAUCAAAGAGGUGAAAGACAGAGUAGUGAAACCUCCCCUGUUUGUCCCGCUCUCCAGACCUCCGGAGUCCUUACUCUCUCAGCCUCUGUCUUCAGAGGUCAACACACGCUCCAGAGCAAAAGCUAAGAUUAAAACAGAGCCAUGAGCAAAGGACUUCACUAAGGCAGAAGUCUGCAAACAAUAACUAGUAUAGGUGAGUUAUGUUAUGUUGUGUCAUGUAAUGUCAAUUUUAUGAAUAGUUUUAAUCCUUACUGGUACAAUGAAAGUCACAUGUUUACAAAUGAUCAGAGUAAGGGAAAAAGCUCAUCAGUAAUGGAAUGAUUCUUAUUUUACUGAAAUGAUUUUACGAGUUUUAUUGUAUUUAUCUUUACAAGCAGUGUGAUUUUAUGUUUUAAUGCCUAUUUAAACUCGUCUAAUUCAGAAGUUAAAGUCUAUUUCAUGUCAAUUGUAGGCAUAAAAAUAGGAAAAAGAAUAAUCUCAAACCAUUUCAACACAUGGUUAUAAUGAUCACAGAAGUCGAUUGACGUCUGUCACACCUGUACAAAGUACAAACAGUGUUGUUUAUUGUAAAACGAUAUGCAAAGAGUGAAGACCAACAAAAGCAUAGUGCUGUGGAUAUUUAUUUGGUUGCACUUUGAGACAUCCUCAAAAUCGGUCUGUUUCUGUUCUUAACCCUUCUGUACUUGUCUUGCAUUCUUGCUCUGUCAGCAGUUGUUUCAAAGUUAAAAUAAUGCUUCACAGACUUUGCAAACCUGGAACUACAUCCAGGAUCACCCCCUUGUUUCAUGGUGUGCUAAAUCACCAGGGUCUAUAGUUCAAAAGCUGAAGGUCGACAUGUCUCGCUGGAUGAGCCUCAUUUGACUGUCACAGCCAUUCAAACAAGACAGUCACAUGUUAUUCCCGGUCAGUAGCAGCUCACAGCUGAUACCUCACUGACCCUGACCCCCGCAAGAACUGCAUUAUAGUGGAUCUCCUCUGCAGAUGGGGGAUCUGUCACCUCCACAUGGGGAAACUCUUUGUGCCAAUCUAUGGACAGAAAAAAACACAACAACUUAGGAACUGAUGGAGCUGAAAGGUCAAGUCAGGAUCCUGGGGGACCAACAGUAUGUAUGUAAUAGAGGGGCAUUGCAAAAAGACUCAAAACGCUCAGUGAUGAUAAUAAAUGGAAUUUGUUCAGUGCUUAAAAUAUAAUUAUGUUGCAUAAUGUAAAGUUAAGGUAUUUGCCUUGCAGUUUUCUGUUGCCUCUGUGCUGCUGUGAAUGUUCCAGUCCAGGCUCACGGUCAUGUGGCGUCUCCAGAUGGGGUUCCUGUGCAGGGCAAUGGUUCCACUGAUGCUGUCCCCUACACACACACUGACUGGCUUGUCUAGCAUGAAGAGAGUCUGCUUCCAGUGUGUUGGCCUAAAAGGAAAUUGGAAAAUAUUGUCAUGCAUUGCAAUUUUGGUCUUCUUCAGACACUGAAAGACUAAAUAUACAGUCUGAAGUAUUUGUAAAUAUGCAUCACCAUUUCUUAUUAUUUAAAAGAUGUUUAAUGGCAUGUGAUAUCACUGAAAGCACUUAAAGAGGCGCCGGGGGCAGUGAAUAAACUGUCUUUUCAUUCUGAUGUAACUGUAGUUUUUGAACUUUUUACUCAGCAUGAGGCCCGGUGUUUAGCUCCACUGUUGCACCUCCUGUCUCCAGGCUGUCGAAAUGAACCGUAAACCAGGCAGUGAAUCCAUGGAAACUACCCGGCUUAUCCACACAAAAAUGAAACUGACCCUUUAUUUCCUGAAAAACGAAACACAAGAGUUGUUUUAAAGCCCUACUCUUUUCCUGUGAAGUGAUUUCUAUGAAAGGAUUGUACACACCCAUCAUACCUCCAGGUCUUUGACUUGUAGCGUGUACAUAUCCAGAAGAAUAACAUCCGAGGGAGUGGCGAGGCAGUCAGCGGGUUCGAUGAGGUGGCUGAACUUUGGCUUGGUGAAAAACUCCUGCUGUGCCAAGGGCCUGCAGAGAUGAAAUGAAACUUAAACCACCAGUAGAGCAGGUUGCUGUUUGCACCUCAUGAACUAGAGAGAAAAGGAAAACAUGGAUUUUAAAACGUGUAAGAUCACUUAUGAUUCAAAACAGAUUAUUUAUGGUAGCGCAAGUGUUGACCAUAUUAAUUCCAUUCAUACAGUAAAAGAUAAAAUCAGCCUAUCAGACAUUAUUUGUCCCCAGUUAUUAAAGCUUUGAUUCUCAAGUGAACUUGACUAAGUGAUAACACAUAUUGAUAUUUUGUAUUAUGAUUUCUUCUGCUUUUCUAAUGAUCAUGGUUUUUUAAACUUUGCAGCAUUCCUGCUUUUCGAACGCAUGUUUUUUUUUUUCCACAACUUU